GUGGAGACCGUCGAAAUGCUGUUGUUGCUUCAAUGCUGUUGCUGUUGCCUUAAAGCGCGUUUUGGUCACAUGCUAGUUGUUUUGGCGAUGUUACCCACGAAGUUCCUGGAGAAAAGGGUGUUAAAUUACCUGAAGCCCCGUCUUAUUGCUCCGUUAGCGAGCAGUGCUCCUAGCAGAAGUAUGAGCCAAAACACUGCUUCAGCACCUGUUAUAAAGCCUGCAAAGAGGCUUGAUGUUUUGGAACCAAGUGUAUGGAUCGAGUUUACUGGUCUUGUCCGAAAGCACAAGCCUGUGAAUCUUGGUCAGGGACUUCCUGAUUUUGCAACACCAAAGAUCCUUUCAGAUGCCUUAUACACCACCCAGGGAGACAACACUGUCCACUUGAAUCAGUACACCAGAAGUCAGGGACAUCCUAGGUUAGUCAAUGCCAUUGCGAACCUCUAUGGCCCGAUGUUCAACCGACAAUUAAAUCCCUUGACCGAGGUUAUAACUACUGUUGGCGGUUACGAAGCAUUGUAUUGCCUUUUCACCUCAAUGAUUGAUGAAGGAGACGAGGUGAUAAUGAUCGAACCGUUUUUUGAUUGCUAUUUGCCAAUGACGAGACUUGCUGGUGGAGUUCCAGUUUGUGUCCCUUUGCGAGCGAAACCUGGAGCCAAGUCAUCAGCCGAUCUUUACCUCGACAAAGAGGAGCUGGAGAACGCGUUCAGUGAUAAAACGAAAGCUAUUGUUGUCAACACACCACACAAUCCAACAGGAAAGGUUUUUUCUCGUGACGAGCUGGAGUUUUUGGCUUCGUUAUGUAAGAAGCACAACGUUUUAUAUAUAAGUGAUGAAGUCUACGAGUGGAUUGUUUAUGACGGCAAAGAACACAUUCGCAUGGCAACACUGCCUGGGAUGUGGGAUCGAACGGUCACUGUUUGCAGCGCAGGAAAGACUUUUAGCAUCACUGGAUGGAAGAUUGGCUGGGCUAUUGGUCCAGAAGAUCUCAUAUCCAAUUGCUCUGCGAUUCAUGCCCAAAGCAUUUACACCAUGGCAACUCCAUUACAGGAAGCGCUGGCACAAGCGAUUGAGCACGAGAUCAAACUCCUUGGAACGAAAGAUUCGUACUGGAAAUGGAUGGCUGAUACUUUGUUCGCCAAGCGCAAUCAACUUGUUGAUAUGGUUAAAGCUGCCGGCAUGGUUCCUAUCAUUCCUGAAGGAGGCUACUUUAUGAUGGCUGAUGUUUCACCACUGAAAAAAGAAUUUGAAGAUGAUGGUAGUGGUGACACAUACGACGUUCGAUUUGCUAAAUGGCUUCUAAAAGAAAAGGGUUUAGCAACAAUUCCAGUUGGACCAUUCUAUUCUAAAGAACACCGAGAUUUAGCAAGGAAUUACACAAGAUUCUGCUUCAUCAAAGAAGAUGACACCAUGCAAAAAGCGGAAGAAAUUCUCAAGAAUCUGUCUAUAUAGUUUCGUGAGUUUUUCUUAUUCUGUUGUUUUAUGUGUGCAACGGUAUAUUUUGAAAAUGAAAACUGGCGAUGUAUUUCUAUUGGGAUGUCACAGAAUGUCAUGUUUUCUAUUUAUUGGUAUACUGCAAGAUAAUUUAAAUGUGCAAUGUUUUAUUGAAAAUACCUGUGUAUUUCAUUUGUCAUUAUUAAAUAUUCAAUGUUAUGGAAUGACCUCAAAGGAAAGAUGCUAAAUUAUAUAAG